UUAACCGGGUGGCAGCUUGUGAAUCUCUACGAAGACUUAAAGUUCUAUUCUCCUUGAGCGUUUGACGAUCUAGAUUAUCACCAUGUUCAGUUGGCUUUCGGGCGACGAAAGUCGCAAGAAACAACCACACGUGUUUAAUACGGUAGCGGAUGGCUUGAAACAAGUGUACAAGUCGACAAUUCUUCCGUUGGAAGAGCAUUAUAAAUUUCACGAUUUUCAUUCACCGAUGCUCGAUGACCCCGAUUUCUAUGCCAAACCCAUGGUUCUCCUUGUCGGACAAUAUUCUACGGGGAAAACUACUUUUAUAAGGUAUUUAUUAGAACGAGAUUUUCCCGGUAUUAGAAUCGGCCCCGAACCAACGACGGACUGUUUCAUAGCGGUUAUGCAUGGCGAUACGGAAGGAGUUAUUCCGGGAAACGCCCUCGUUGUCGAUCCGAAAAAACAGUUCAGGCCGCUGUCUAGAUUUGGUAAUGCCUUCCUCAAUCGUUUCCAGUGUUCAACGGUUACAAGCCCGGUUAUGGAAAGUAUUACAAUCGUGGAUACGCCAGGUAUUUUGGCAGGAGAGAAACAGCGAGUCGAUCGAGGUUAUGAUUUCACUCACGUUAUGGAAUGGUUUGCUGAACGUGUUGACCGAAUCAUCCUCUUGUUCGAUGCACACAAACUUGAUAUUUCUGACGAAUUUCGUCGGAUUAUUGAAGUGUUACGUGGAAAUGAUGACAAAAUUCGUAUUGUGCUGAACAAAGCUGAUAUGAUUGACCAUCAGCAGUUGAUGAGAGUGUAUGGUGCCUUGAUGUGGUCACUUGGUAAAGUAUUGGCAACACCAGAGGUAUCCCGGGUUUACAUUGGAUCCUUCUGGGACCACCCUCUUCACUUUGACAUGAAUCGCCGACUGUUUGAAGCAGAAGAACAAGACUUGUUUGCUGAUAUCCAGAGCCUACCAAGAAAUGCAGCCCUCAGAAAACUGAAUGAUUUGAUAAAGAGAGCAAGAUUGGCCAAGGUACAUGCAUAUAUUAUCAGCCAUCUAAGGAAAGAGAUGCCUUCUAUGUUUGGUAAGGAUUCUAAAAAGAAAGAACUCAUUGCGAAUCUUGGUGAGAUCUAUCGCAAGUUGCAGCGUGAGCAUCAGAUUUCAGCCGGUGACUUCCCACCUCUGCACAGAAUGCAGGAUUUACUGAAAGAGCAUGAUUUCAGUAAAUUCAAUCAGCUGAAACCCAAGUUGAUUGACAGAGUGGAUCACAUGUUAUCAAAUGACAUGACCCGCCUCAUGCAGAUGAUCCCAACUGAAGAAGCUGUCUCUAGCAAGGAACCAGCAGUUCGUGGUGGUGCAUUCAUAAAUGAUAUCACACCGUUUGGAGCUGGAUACGGUGAAGGAGCCGACUUUGGUAAGAAUGAACACGAAGAAUGGAUUGUCUCAAGAGAUAUUGAAAAAUAUGAAGAUAUUUUCAACUCUCUAAAUCCUGUCAACGGUAAAUUAUCAGGCGUUACUGCCAAGAAACAAAUGGUUCAAUCCAAACUACCUAACACAGUGCUGGGGAAGAUCUGGAAACUUGCAGAUUUAGACAAAGAUGGCAUGUUAGAUUUAGAAGAGUUCUCAUUGGCCCAACAUUUAAUGAAUAUCAAAUUAGAUGGUAAUGAAUUACCUGAUCAAUUGCCAACUCAUCUGAUUCCUCCUUCCAAAAAAGGCUUUACUGCAUAGACAACCUAUAGUAUAGGCACUGCAUUACUGUAUUUAUCAAAAUGAUUUUUCUGAAGGUAUGUUGUACAUUGUUAACUAUUUCACUAAAUUAUGGCAGUGCGUAUGUAAAUUCAGAUGUUGCAUCAUUGUAUUGAAACAUAACUACACACCAACUUUUCCUAAAAGUCAUUUUUCACUGUCUUUGGAAACCAGCUUUUUUUGAAAUUGUUUAAUUCUUGAAACAGGAAAACAAAGCAGGAAAACAACUUUUACUUUCACAGACGAAUUCCUCUUCCUGUGUGUCUGUGAGCUGAUUGUCAAAUAAUGUUGUAUUUCACUGCCUUAGCAAUCAUUCAUUUAUGACGUGUAAUUAUUUAAAUACAUCAUGCGAUAUCUAGUUUUCUGGUAAUGAAGUCUAUAUUCUAAUUAUUUUAUUUGAAUGCUAUAGUUAAACUACAUAUUUUAUACCGUAAACAUUAUAACAAGGAAAUAACCAGUGGUGCUAUUUUUGCAUAACUGUUUGUAAAGUAUAUUAGUGGUAUAAUUAUAAUUAAUUUCAUUAAAACUCAAUAAAAAUAUAGCCUCACCAAGGUAUGUGUAUCAAUAUUUGGCUGACUUCAGCUAAAAUAAAGUCAUCUUAGUUUUGAUUAUGAGGAAAUGCAUACCAUUGAUAUUAAUACAAACCAAUAGUGUCUAUAUGUGCAAAUAAAAUUUGAGGACAAUUAAUGUGAAUAUUUAUUUUCUUUAACUGGUUGGGUUGGGUCUUAUUUAAAGAUGAAAUGACAAAUCACUUUAAUCAUUGUUCACUUUUUUUAUUAUUAUUUUUAUUGUUUUAUCAUAAAUGGGAUAUCUUUAUAUUUUUCCUGCCAUUGAUUUUCACACUGUCUUAUACCUGUAGUUAGAUUACGGUAUAUAUUGUGGUUAAUACCAUCUCAUAGAUAUGGUGCUACAACCCAACACUAGUACAUGCCCAUAGUCCUACACCCCAACACUAGUACAUGCCCAUAGUCCUACACCCCAACACUAGUACAUGCCCAUAGUCCUACACCCCAACACUAGUACAUGCCUGGUUCAUCACUUUACUGACAUCAAUGUCUAUCCAGUGAUGCGGUGACAUCAUCUCAUUUGAUACUAAUUUAACAUGAUGCUUAAUUUUCACUUUCACCAGAAAAUCCAGUCUUGAAUGGCCUGAGUGGCUGUAAUGCAUGGACCGUAUUUGCUUUAUUAGAACUGCAUUUGCCAAAAAGGUGUAUAUAAACAAAAAAUAGCAUCUGUUGUAUACAGAAUUAUUAAAAUAUUACUUAUUUUGACAAUAAAAAGACCAAUGUAAUUUACAUGAGUGCAUGCACUACUAAUAAAGCAAAUAUUGUAUGUGUCUUUGACAAUGUGUGCCUGGUAUGCUAUCUUCUCCUAUGUAAUUGCUAAUAUAUAUCACACCAUCUCUUGUAUUCAACAGUAGUAAUUUUUACUUACAUUAGUGAGUGGAGCAGCUUUAAUUAACAUGUGCAUACGAGUAUUGUAACCAAAAUAUUAGUUUAUUCAGUUAAAUGUGGUUACUCCAAAUUCUACUUCACAGAUUCCUAGUAUUGGAGGGGAACUUAGUUUUAGUUUAGAAAGAAUUCUUUUAGAUACUCAGAAUAAGUUCAUUUCUUGUUUUUUCUCAAGAUGUUUUUAUAUCAGCUCACACACAAACCAUGUGAUGAAAGCCCAGAGUGAAUGACUGUGAAUUAGUUGAUUAGUGAUGAACGAGACAACUUAUUGUAUAUACAACAUAGUUUACCACAUAGCUUGCAAAGCAUUUAAUAUAUUAUUUGAUUCUAUAUACAUGUAAUUCAGAGUAGCAAUAAUUUAUUGAAGAUUUUGUUGUCAGAUUUGUUAAAGCAUGAAUCAAAUACAAUUGUACUGUUAUAUUCAAGUACUCAAUUUAGCCACAGCUUUGAACAAAAGCAGUGUAUUAAGUUUGUUUUCUUGUAAACUUCUUUUUUUAAGUUGUUUCUGGUGUAGUGUUUAUGCGCGUUUGUGCUUGAUAAACAAACAUUAGUUAUGUAAUAUUAGAGAAUACGAUUGAAACCAAAGAUAAUGAAUUUGUAUUCGUUUUAACAAUAUAUUGGCAUCCUUGGAUUUGUGGGUGCAAUUGAGUUUAUUUGUAGUAUCGUGGGGUGCUAAACAAAAUAUUAUGUGCCAACAAAAAAAAAUGUUCGUGGUCAAAUUAUUUUUCAAAAACUAAGCGAUGUGGAGAUUUUUUUUUGCAAAACAUUUUGUCAAUAGAGGGCGCUGUACAGUUGCAAAAUUAGUAUGCCUGGAAACAUCAAUGUUUUAUAUCUAUAUGUGGAUUUUUGCAAUCUUAACUAGCAGUUUAUAAAUUCAAAUACUAUGCCUAGGACACUGGUAGCAAUUUUUAUUAUUAUUAACUAUGUUUGACAAUUUUAUGUUUUGUUUUUGUUUGCAAGAUCUCCUCAAUGUUAGUGACUGGCCUUAUUUCUUACUGACGUUUGACCGAUGUAUAUAUUCUAGCUUGUCAUGGAAUUUUUACAUCAUUCAAGCAUAACUAAUAUAUUGUGACAAUGAUACAGUGUAUGUGACUUGCUAAAAUAUAAUGUUUACUUAGAAUGAUGUCAACUGCUUUAUUUUCGUAAUUUUUUUGUGAAUUUCAUGAAAUUUUUAGCAGUGAAAUUUUUCCUGGGGUCCUACAACAGAGUGUCACUGAAUUUUCUUUUCCUGAAUGCCAUGCAAUGCGGAAAUUGCAAACAUUUUUAAUGUUUACAGUUUGGCAAGUAUUUCACUACUUUUUAUUUUUAAUAUUGUAAUGCCUUUAUUAGUGACGUUUAUUGUUUCAGUAGUUUCUAGGAAAUGAAUAAAAUGGAAACCUGUUAAUAGUAAAAUUUCCAGUACAGUCACUGUAUAGCGAGAGCACUUAUCUCCUGUCUUGAUAAGUUGAUUUUUUUUGUUAUUUUUGGUGCAAUUAUAGCAAUGUUUCUGAUUUUACGUCAUGUUUAUGAAUUUCAAUACUGACAAAUAUUUUGAGAUGCAAGUGUUUAAUAUGACAUAACAUUGAAAUGUAUUUAAAAACUAAUUAGAAAAGCAAACAAACUUACAUUUAAAUUGAAUGAAUUUUUGGCAAUUAUAGGAUAAUGCUUCUAUAUUUGUAGCUGAAGUGCGGUUAUAUUACUGUCAGUUUUGUCGCGAGGUAAAGACACAUGUAAAUGUAUAAUUGUUAUGCAAUUUCAUUUUAAGCUAUAUGAAAUAUACUAUAGAAUUUAA